AUGGAUGUGUAUAAGAGACAGGGAUUACCCCCACUAAAUGUUACAGCUCUGUGUCAGCUUGGACAAGAGACAGUGCAUGAGAUAGUGCUCAAAACCUUGGAAUUAUUCACGCAUCUGAAAGCGACUCAGAUUCCAAAUGGGGUGCAGAUUCGUUACCAAAACCAUCAAGACCGCAAAAAGAAGAUAGAUGAAAACCUUAACAGCAUCACUGUUCUAUUCCGGAAGUUAAAAGUUGUUUACGAGAAGUGUAAUGAGAACUGUAGCACUCUGGAGAUGUCCUCAUCAUCCAUGGCAAGUCAAAUUCCAUGGAUAAACGAACCAAAACCAGAGAAGCCAAUUUCUGAACGACAGCAACGGGUAGCAGAUUUGCCAGCCACCAUUCAGAACAUUGAAGCCAAGAAUCGGAAGUUAAAACUAAUCAUGGAGCAGAUACGCACAAUAAUAUGGGAUGUAAACACCAUGAUGGCAAUGAGAAAUGCUGGUGUCUCUUGAUUGCAGCAUUAGUAGUAAGGAGCAAUUAUCUAAAAGACCACCAUGAAUUAUAGCUGACAAUAGUAAAUACUGCUGCCAGCAAAAUUUGCCAUCAGUAAGAGCCGCCUUCAGUGUGAGCUGCAAUCAUUAGAGCUGUCAUCAGUAAGAACUACUAUCAUUAGGAUCUUCCAGGAUCUGUCAUCAGCAAGAGCAGCUGUCAUUAAUUAGUGAGAGCUGCCAUCAGCAGGAUCUGUCAUCAGCAAGAGCAGCUCUCAUUAAUUAGUGAGAGCUUCCAUCAGCAGGAUCUGUCAUCAGCAAGAGCAGGUCUCAUUAAUUAGUGAGAGCUGCCAUCCGCAGGAUCUGUCAUCAGCAAGAGCAGCUCUCAUUAAUUAGUGAGAGCUGCCAUAGCAGGAUCUGCCAUCAGCAAGAGUAACUGUCAUUAAUUAGUGAGAGCUGCCAUCAGCUGGAUCUGCCAUCAGCAAGAGCAACUGUCAUUAUUUAGUGAGAGCUGCCAUCAGCAGGAUCUGCCAUCAGCGAGAGCAACUGUAAUUAAGUAGUGAGAGCUGCCAUCAGCAGGAUCUGCCAUCAACAGAAAAAGCAACCAUCAUUAAGUGGUGUCAUCCUUAAGACAGUUGCUGUCAUGCUAAAAAAAACUUCAAAAAGGAGGGGACGUUCUUUUUAAAGCCCAACCUCAAGCACUAAAUUAAAUCUGAAGACGUGUAAAAAUAGGUGGGCCCAUAAACAUCAAGAUUUUCAACAUUGAAAGCAUCAAAAUUAUCACAUUUGCAUACAUUAUAUACUAAAUACAAAGCAUGCAUAAAAGGUUGCAAUACAGCCCACAAGACCUAUUAUACUGUAUUUAUAUAACAAAAUUAUUGUAGAAUGAUUCAGAAUUCAUUUAAAUAGUUGAAGUUAUUCAUAUUAUUAAUAAGUUGGGUAUUGGAUUGAUAAUUAUUAACUAUUUGUACAGUGUAGGCUGUUUAAAAUGGAAGACACAAAUACCAAUAUUAUGUUAUGAUAGUCAGACAUUUUGGUUACAAGAGUAUGUACAGAUGAUUUGUUUAAUGUAUUUAUACAGUACUUCAACAAAAAGAGUACACUGCCCACUAUCGAGAUUUGAAAAAUCUUAUUAAAAAUUUUAUCAGAUCUAUUUGUAA